CGGAGGAAGAGAAAGGCAACAAAAGUACCUCGCGUUGGUGCUGCCGGUUUUGACUCCUACUACUCCCACAAGGCCACCAACCCCAAGGCCCCAACUUCCUCUCCUCUCCUCUCCUCUCCGGCGGCGGCGGCGGCGGCCAAGAAACAUAAGGCGAGGUUAACGAGGAGGAAAAGGAGGGGUCCAUUCCCAAUCUGCAAGAUUGAUUCUUUACCAAUUGUAUCGUCAUUCCUUCGCGUUCGUUGGGCGUGGGGGGUUUCAACCUAGAAAUCAGUCCUUUUCCGCGCUAGUGGAGAGUGUAUUUGGACGGCAGCCGCUGAAGAAUAGCGCCUUUUUUCAGCCCCAAGAUGCCUGCUUCCGCUUCUUUUCCACGCCACACCUUUUGAAUCCAUUCCCGUCAGCUCCCUUUUUCGCCGCACUAGGUGUUUCUCAGCCUGCUUGGAGGUGGAGGUGAGGGGCCGCCGCAAUAUCGCCGUCCAGUUGAUUCAAGAAACCAGGCCGGGCCGAUGAGCAGGAAGAGCGGCGGCUCGCGGUUGCAAUGCGCGGAUACGAAGGAUUGGGGCUGCUGCUUCCUAGCCCUCCCGCCUGUAGCACCUGCCGGUGUGGAUGGCGAUGGCGGGUUCAACCUCUCAUGGACCCUCCACCAGUCCUUCCACCCGCCGGCCGGCCUGUUCGCCAGCGUGGGCCAGCAGGUGGGGGUUGGAUUCCCCGGGGCCUCCUCUAGCGCCCCGUCUCCGGAGACUCCAAGGGACCAGUAUAUGAAGUACGUCUCACCGGAGGUUGUCGAGACACCUCUGCCGGGGGAAGGUGUGGGGUUGAGGGAUAAAGGGAAGAAGAAAGUCGUGAAGCUUAAUAUUAAGGUUGGGAAUCACCACCUCAAGAGGCUGAUCAGUGGGGCGAUUGCGGGUGCGGUGUCGAGGACUGCCGUCGCACCUUUGGAGACGAUUAGGACGCAUUUGAUGGUUGGGAGCAAUGGGAAUUCGACAACGGAGGUAUUCCAAUCUAUCAUGAAGCAUGAAGGGUGGACUGGAUUAUUCCGUGGUAACUUUGUUAAUGUCAUCCGGGUAGCCCCAAGCAAGGCAAUCGAGCUUUUUGCCUUUGAUACUGCUAAUAAGUUCUUGACCCCCAAAUCUGGGGAGGAACAGAAGAUCCCAGUCCCUCCUUCAUUAGUGGCAGGGGCAUUUGCUGGUGUCAGCUCAACACUGUGUACAUACCCUCUGGAAUUGAUUAAGACACGAUUAACUAUACAGAGAGGUGUGUAUGACAACUUCCUUGAUGCGUUCGUCAAAAUCGUCCGUGAUGAAGGGCCGACUGAGCUCUACAGAGGCUUAACUCCAAGUCUCAUUGGGGUAGUGCCAUAUGCUGCAACCAACUACUUUGCCUACGACACCCUUAAGAAGGUUUACAAGAAGAUGUUUAAGACGAACGAAAUCGGAAAUGUUCCAACCCUGCUCAUCGGCUCCGCAGCAGGAGCUAUAUCGAGCACCGCUACAUUCCCUCUCGAGGUCGCUCGCAAGCACAUGCAAGUUGGAGCCGUUGGUGGUAGGAAGGUUUACAAGAACAUGCUUCACGCUCUCUUGAGCAUUCUUGAGGAUGAAGGUGUUGGGGGACUUUACAGAGGACUGGGGCCGAGCUGCAUGAAGUUGGUGCCUGCUGCUGGGAUUUCUUUUAUGUGCUAUGAGGCUUGCAAGAAGAUACUGAUCGAAGAAGAGGAUGAGUGAAGUGCAGAUGCACGACCUCAUUAGAGCUCAGUUUUGCGACAUUCUGACAGCGGUCGUCUUUUGUUAUUUCUUUGAGUCGACUGGUGCUGGAACUGGUUGAAAGUCACGACUGAGGUGCUGCUUGCAGCAGCAAAAAUUCUUGAUCCGUUUUGUUCAGUUUGAUCAGAUAAGUUUACCUCUGUGUUCCCAGAUUUUCAUAUACUUGAUGAGUAGAAAGCAUGGCUUUCUAAAACAAAUUGGAAUGCCGUUGGCAAUCAUAAUCCACAAGUGGAUGGAAUUUCACU